AAUCAAUGUAGGUCAUUAUCAAUUUCGACUGAACUCUUUACAUACUGCUAUUUCCUCAUGUCAAAGGACAUUUCAUCGGCGGAUCGAAUGGAAGGAACCGAGAUAAGGAAACGAACCGAUCCGGACCGGUCCGUGCCGGGUCAAGAUACGAUAGACAGCAGCACCCAGACUGACUGUAGACUGCAAGGCCAUGGCCCCAGGCUAUCAAAGGUAAACCUGUUUACCUUGCUGAGUUUGUGGAUGGAGCUGUUUCCACAGGAGCAACCUGAAGAGGAUGAGCCUACUGAGAUCCGCAGGGUGGGUCUGGUGGUGGUGCAGGACAGUAAGGUGGUGGGACUCCACUGUUCAGGACCUGAGCUCCAUGCAGGACAGGCAGCCAUCAUCCAGCAUGGCGCCUCCCUGGCCGACUGCCACUUGUAUUUCUCCAGGAGACCCUGCGCCACCUGCCUCAAGAUGAUCAUCAACGCUGGAGUCAGUCAGAUCUCCUUCUGGCCGGGAGACCCUGAAGUCAGCAUGCUGAGGUCCAGCUCUUCAAACACCUCGAGUCCUCCUCGCAGCAUCACGGUAGAGGCUGCGCUGGAUGCCGUGGCAGCGGAGAAGCUGAAGUCCAACAGCUGUCCUCACAUCUGCGUGCUGCUGCAGCCGCCGGCGCCCGGCCUGGCACAGUUUGUGUACGAGACGUCCAGGGAUUGUGAUUUCAUGGAGAGGAUGAAGGACGAUGAACCGGGGCUGAACACAGAGGAACUCUUCAACAGAGAGCGGACGAGACACCUGAAGGAUUUCUCCUCACAGCUCCUGGUCAAAACGUCCCUGCAGCACCAGGAGAUUUUGACCCACAUGGGGCUGGCGGACUUCUGCGUGGAGCCUUACUUCUCCAACCUGAGAAACAAUAUGAUGGAGCUGGUGGAGGUGUUAGCUGCGGUGGCUGCUGGUUUGCCACAGCAACACUACGGCUUCUACAGAGAGCAGCAUUCAGCCCCAGGGCCAUCAGUAGCCCCGCUGCAGACUCGUCACAAGGGACUGUCUCAAGAAGUGGUGCGCCAUUGUAUCAUCCAGGCCAGGCUGCUGGCUUAUAGAACAGAUGAUCCUAAAGUGGGUGUUGGGGCUGUCAUCUGGGCCAAAGGAGCGUCGGCUGGCAGUGACGGGACCAGGUGUCUGUACCUGGUGGGUUGCGGGUACAACGCCUACCCAGCAGGCUCACAGUACGCAGAGUACCCCCAGAUGGACAACAAACAGAAGGACAGAGAGAGACGCAAAUACAGAUUCAUCGUCCACGCCGAGCAGAACGCACUCACCUUCAGGACCCGCCACAUCAAACCGGAGGAGCACACCAUGAUGUUUGUGACCAAGUGUCCUUGUGAUGAGUGUGUGCCUCUGAUCCGUGGUGCCGGCAUCACCGACAUCUACACCAGCGACCAGGACCGAGACAAAGACAAGGGAGAGAUCUCCUACCUGAAGUUCAGCAGCCUGAAGAACAUCAGCAAGUUCAUAUGGCAGAGGAGCCCUUCAGUGUCUUCUCACCACACCAAUGGUUAUUGGGGGAAGCACGGCAGGCCGGAGGAGCAAGAGAGCCACAGCAACAAGAAGCUGUGCACCCACAGAUAAACCAAGAAGACCAGGUUUUUGUUUUUUUUAAAGAUAUUUUUCGGGACGGGAAUCGAACCCGGGUCGCCGGCGUACGGUGCAGGUGCCCCAGCUAGUUGCGCCACAGCCGGGGCCAGACAGGGUUUUUUAAAGCAAAGAUUUUAUAUGUUAAGAAUGAAGCUUGGAAUGAGACAGAUCCGGAGAUCAAAUCUGAGUUGCACUAUAUUUGUAUUUAUUUGCUCUCUCGUGAAGAUCUGGUGUGUGAAUGCAGUCGGUCUGUGAGUGAUGGAGCCAUCUUUCCUCUCAUGUUUACCUGUUGACUACAGUAGAAAAAAAAGUGAGUGUAAAACUGUAUAUUUGAACUACAGGAGGCUGCUUUUAGUAGGCCGUGUUAAUUGUUGGUGAGUGGAGGAGAGUUUUGUGUCUUUCAAGGAUUCAUUUUGACAAGUACGACGUCCAUGAAGACCAGGAGGAUAAUAGGGCAAUAUAUGCUGUGAUUUGUUAAUGUCAUUUUAUUUUUUUAUACAAGCAGCGCCAAUUUUAUUUAAAUUGAUGCAUAUAAAGACAUCCAUACUGUUUAUACGUAAGUAUGCAAGGACGGCUGCUGUGACGAUAUUGCACCAUAGGUUGAAUACUAAUCCAUUAACACAUGAAGCAGUGUGAAGAGAGAUGGAACUGCAACAGCUUUACUCGUGUGUGAUUGUUUUUAUGUAUUAAUGCAGUGUUGAGGAAUUUCAUGCAGGAUAUCAGGUUCUGGUUCCUGUCAGUACAAUAAUACUACAAUAUUUCUGUAACCGAGGUUCAAAUCAUCUAGUGUUAAACUACAGUAAUCAAUCAUUUAACGCUUGAGAUCAAUUAUGAAUGCAUUUCAUUUCACAACAAAUGAGCACUCACACACACAGCAUGCAUUCCCAUCCUUUUAUUUGUCGUGAAUGUGGUACAAUAGCAUCGAUGUGGAAAAUAAGGAGGCUGAGAGAGGAUAACGUGGAGUUGCAAAUGGUUUGUUUUGUAAAUAAAAACGUUGGUGUGUUUGGCUCAAGUUAAACUGGUCGGUCAACUUUUGCAUCUUGUUAUCUUGUGGUGUAGUAUGAUGAUGUCACAGCUUGAAGCAAAACGAUUUUUCCUGAUUUCCAGAUUAAAGCCUCCUGUGGAUGCAGAUCAAAUAUCAA